AUGAAGCUUCGUUGCGCGUUGGUGGGUUUCAAAGACAAAGCUUUUGCCAUUAAUACCGAAAGAUGUGAGGUGGUAGCUGAAUUGAUCAGGCUAGUCCGGGACGCGAAUCCAACAACGCUCAGGUCGGUUGACUCAAUGCGGAUCGAUUUGUUCAGCACAAAACAGGGAGACAAGUGGCUGCCGACUGACAGCGCGGGCGUGCGGGCGUUGGAAAGU